ACCAAGUCAGUUCCAGUCAGUUCUCUUCGGGAUUAUUUUAAUACUAAUUGUCACUUAUACUUAUCAGAUUAUUAUUUUUAUUUACAAGUGAGAUAGAAAUUCGAAAUGCCAAGCAGCAAAACGAGAAUCGCAAUUAUUGGUGGAGGAGUCGCCGGUUUAGUGGUUGCAAAACAUGUAAUUUCCAGGCCUGAAACUUACAGUUUGACUCUUUUUGAACAAACGGACCAAGUCGGGGGCACUUGGGUCUACACUGAUGAAACCGAAUUUGACAAAAAUGGACUUCCGGUUCACAGUAGCAUGUACAAAAACCUCAGGACAAAUUUGCCCAAGGAGAUCAUGCAAAUCCCAGAUUUUCCUUUUGAGGAUCCCGAAGGUCCUUCCUUCGUACACCACAGUGUUAUACGGCAGUAUCUUUUAGAUUAUACCAAGCAUUUCAAUUUACAUCCGCACAUGAAGCUCAGUACAUUGGUCAAUCGUGUUGAACCAGAAAUCCUGUCAAGUGGUCAAACGAUAUGGUUGGUCACAUUUACCGAUCUGAAGACAAAAACUGUAAAUACCAAGACUUUCGACGCAGUAAUUUUAUGCAAUGGUCACUACACCGUGGGACACAUUCCACGUAUUCGCGGAAUUGACACUUUCCGAGGUGGACUUAUUCAUAGUCACCAGUACAGGAUGCCUGAAAAAUAUGCUGGAAAGAAAGUUUGCAUCCUGGGAGCUUCCUGGUCUGGAAUCGAUAUUACUCUUGAAGUCUCGAAAUAUGCAGAAAAGGUUUACCUGAGUCACAAUCAGCCCAAACCACUAGAGGCCAGAAUGUCGAAAAAUAUAGAACAGAGGUCUGGCGUUGAGUCCAUUUGUGGUAGCACUUUCAUCUUCCGUGAUGGAUCAUCAGCAGAGGUCGAUGACUUCAUUUUUGCCACUGGUUACGAAUUCACGUAUCCUUUCCUGUCAAAUAAAGUUGAAUUAUGUACAAAAGAUAAUCACGUAGAACCAAUUUACAAACAUCUCAUCCACAUGGACAUGCCAAAUUUAUUUUUUAUGGGUCUUCCGGCUAUUGUUGUUCCCUUCCCAAUGUUUCAUAUUCAAGCACAAUACAUUUUGGGAAUUUUAGAAGGAAGGGUAAAAUUGCCUUCUCCAGAAAAAAUGAGGGAGGAGUACGAAAGGGAAAAGAAUUCGUUAGUGGAAUCUGGGCUACCUAUAAGACAUAUCAACAAAAUGAUGGAUAGGCAAUGGGCCUACUAUGACGAGAUAGCUGCUGCAGCCAAUAUUCCUAGCUUUCCACCAGUAGUCAAAAAAAUUUACGAUUACUCGAAUCAAAUGCGGGAGAUGGAUUUCACGAGCUAUAAAAAUUAUCAGUAUCGUAUCGUCGACCGUGAAAAUUUUACUGUAUGUUGUUGUAAACCUUCUUAGGGUUUAAAAGCAGAUAAAAGUUGAGAGAAGGUAUAAAUAUUAAGUCAAUAAAAUAAGAGAACAAAGACCGGUAAAAUGGUCAUAACAAAUAAUUAUAACUAUUCGCCUUCCGUGAUAAACGUCAUUCUCUUGAAAUAACGAUAAAGAGCAUUAUUGAUAUUAGAGCUUGGAAAAAUUUUGGAAAUCAUCAGUAAAUCGGACUUCAUGAAAUGAAGCCAAACGGAGCAGCUAUUUUAUCUAGCUUUAGUAUAAGUAAUCUAGAAAGUACAAAUACUCCUGGCAAAGUCUUUUUUUUUUUUAAAUUACAUUUUUUAUGCGAUUAAAAUUAAUUUAAAUGAGAUUAAAAUCAAAUUUAAAAUCGUAAUUAACGU